AUGAAAUUGGUUGGAGGGGUAUAUUUACAUUCUCCAAUUCUGAAGAGAGAGGAUUUAUUCCUUGCUGGAAGCGACACGUCCGCCAUAACAACAGAAUGGGCAGUGGCAGAACUUCUUCGAAAUCCUCAAAAGUUACAAAAAUUAAGAGAAGAAAUUCUUCAACAAAUAGGCACAGAAAGGCCAGUGAAAGAAUCAGACAUUGACAAACUUCCAUACCUUCAAGCAGUUGUAAAAGAAGUCAUCAGACUACACCCAGCAGCUCCAUUACUCUUACCACACAAAGCUCAAGAAGACACAGAAAUAUUCGAUUUCAUUGUGCCCAAGAACAGCCAAGUUCUCGUAAAUGCAUGGGCAAUUGAGAGAGAUCCAAAAUACUGGGAAAAACCACUAGAGUUUAUGCCUGAAAGAUUCAUCAAUUCAAGUGUGGAUUACAAAGGAAGGGACUUUGAGUAUAUACCAUUCGGCGCCGGCCGGAGAAUUUGUCCUGGAAUGCCACUUGCUAUAAGGAUGGUUAAUUUGAUGUUGGCUUCUAUUGUUCAACCAUUUAGUUGGAAGUUACCAAAAGGGAUGGCACCAGAGAAUUUGGAUAUGGAGGAACAGUUCGGACUUACUUUGAGGAAGGCCAUUCCUCUUCUUGCCAUUCCUAGUAUGGAAGAAAAUAAGGCCAUGAUUUGAGUCUAGACAUAUGCUAUAAUUGCCUGUGUAUUACCUUAAUGGGAUUGUCCUCAU